AUGCACACCACCACGACCCUCCUCGCCGCGCUCACCAGCGCAACCCUGGCCCUCGCCAACCCGGCGCCGGCAGCGGAAGCGCACCCAGCCCUCGUCACAGCGGCGCCGGCGCUCCACCCCGCCGCCGCGCGGCUCGCCGCGCGCCAGUUCCGAACCACCGACUCCGAGAUCUCCAAGUCCAUCGCAUGCGGGAGCGCCUACCUCUCACUCGCGGGCGACGCGCCACGGGAGACCAACGCCGCCCUAGCCCGAUGGGUCCUGAGCGCCGCAUCCCCCGCAGCCGAGAUCGUCACGGCCACAGCCCUCGACGAGUCCCUGACCUCGCUGUGCGACCCCAGCCUGACGGCGACCCUCACGCCCCCGGCCUCCCUCUCGAGCGCCUGGUCGACCUAUCUCGAGAAGGCCAGCUCCUGGAUGACGAGCGCGGCGCCGGAGGCCAGCAGCCUGGCGCAGAGCUGCGGCGGCGAGAUCGGCGCCGUCAUCGGGUUCCUCGUCGUCAGCGACGCCGAGAGCUGCACCAAGGCCGUGCUGGACUUGGUCGCGGCCGCCAACGGCGAGGAUGUUACCAGUGCAAGCGACAGCGAGACGGUCUCGCCCACGCGGUCGCGCACGACGGCCGCGCCGGAGGCGUCUGAGACGGGGAGUGCGGGUGGGGAUGAUGAUAACGGCGAUGGGGGUGAUGAUGGCGCGGAUAAUGGGAAUGGGGGUGGUGAGGAUGGUGGCUCGGAUAACGGCUCCGACGAGACAGGCGGGGCUGGCGCGGCGGAGACCUCCAGCACGUCUACUGGUGGUGUGCCGAGGGAGACGGGCUUUGUUGGUGUCGCUGCUGCGGCGGCUGUUGCCGUGGUCGGUGUUGUCGCUGCGCUCUGA